AGCAACACGCCACCUCGCAGCGGCAGAUUAAUGAAAACAGCAAAAGCAGCCGCCAGAAAGGCAGCCUCUCAUCGCACUUCCAAGCAAAGAAAGGUCUCCGUUGAUCAACCAGAGACCAUCUCUUCCGGUGGUGACGUCGAGUCGAGCAGACGACACACAGUGAGCGUGUCAGAGUCGAAAGCAAUCGAAAGGAAGAAGAAACGAGAAGCGAAACUAGCCGAGCGACAGAGAUAUACGAUAGCCGAUCUAACGAGCUUGUCGGAGUUGAGCCAGUUUGUGUCAGGAGAGGAGAAUGGGGCGAAUAUGAUGGAAAGUGGGAUGAGAGAUUGCGAGUCAGUGAAAACGUCGGGCUCGUCGUCGAGGAGAGAAUCGGUGAAGAGUGACGGUAAUAGUCAGGAUGGUGAGGGUGUGGAGGAUGAGAUGAGGUCGGAAGGAGGGAGUCUGAAGCAGCAGCUUGAUGCUCGUGCGGAAUUCUUUCGGACGUUUUCGAGGCUGAUCAAGAUGGGCACACAGAGACAGAGACAGAGAGAGCAGAGUGUGGGUAAUCAAGUGGGUGUGACACAGAGACACAUGUCGCAGCCGGUUUUGUCGGUUAGUAGUCCGCAGCAUCGAGAGCUUUCCGACUCUUUGUGGUUGGAAUUGCAGGCGUAUUUGGAUUGUCGUUCGCUCGAGGCAGAGUCCACGUUUCUGUCGGAGGUUCGGUUCAACGUCGGAAGCGUAUUGAACGACAUCAUGUCUUUUACAGUGAAAAAAUCACAAAAUACGCCGUCACAAUCAGUGCCACUUCAUGCAGUUGAUUCUGGAAAUCAAGAGAAUUUGUGUGUUGAAUCGAGUGUGUUGAACACAUCGGACGGUGAUAAUCAUGAGGGACAAAAUGGCGUGUCAAACGAUACCGACGAACGUUGUGUGUCACACAACGGGCUACACACAGAUGGUGAUGAUGUAGCAUUGAAAGCACCGAGGGUAAACAACGAAGUAGCUUCUCCUCCAUCAUCAUCUCAACUCGAGCAACUAAUGGAUUCAGAUCCCGAUGCAUUACAAAACAGUCGGUCAACCAGCAGGCCAAUCGACUUACCACAAUCCCAACACGACAGGAUGGAAAUGAAACGUCAACGACGGCUCAGCGAGAAAAGCCAAGAAUCAGAUAUCGCGUCACCGUCGUCGAGUAUCAACCUCCAAGGUUUUAUAUCCGAUGACCAGUUUCCUAAUCCUGCCAGCUGCAUCACACCCGAACAACUAGAUGCUCUCGAAUCCGUCCGAUCCAUUAUGAGUCGAUUAGAAAAGGCGCAGAGUUAUUACCCAAACCUCAGUGCUCUCGCAAAGGAUUACCCGCUCUUUGAAAGCGAAACGUUCGACCGACGAAUUAAAUCUCUAAAUCUGUGGUACAACGUGAUGCAAGAUCUUCACUUUAAGAUCAAGUUGUUGACGGUGUGGAUGGACGUGCGUGUCGAUCUACGACCGUUUAGUAUGAAAACGAGAUUCCUACGGAUGCAGGCGGCGCGUCGAUUCAGUUUACAACCGUCGAAGCCACAAUAUAUAGCAACCAGACAAUCGAGGAUUCAAUCAGAGUCGUUGCUUGACGACACUGCUGCACAGUAUUACCAGGCAAUGUCGUUGCCUCCGGAGAUAUUAACACAGCAAGCUCAGUCAUGCGACCUGAUGGAGUCCGAAACCGUCGCGGAAGCUUUCCGAGACGAUCCCGAGCUUUUAGAGCAUCUCUUUCCCUCUGUUGAAGUCGACGUGGACGAAGGCUUGACGAGUCGGUACCGGAAGUUUGUCGACAAAAGCUUGAAGCAAAUGGGACUGAGCAAGUUGAUGAAUCGGUUAAGCAAGUGCCUUCAUCGUACGCUCAAACGAGCGCAUAAUACUCUCGUUUGUCGCGAUGCCAACCGGUCUGUUUCAUUCGAUGAGCAACUGCCGAGUAUGAUGGAAGAAGGACUCACUAUGUCGCCUCUCUCUCCACCGCUCGGCAGCUUCUACUUCAAGUCAAAUCACCAGCUACAACAUCAUCAACAACAACGUAUUCAAAAACGCCGACGCAGCAGCCAAUCGAAGAAGAGCAUUGCUGGUUUGACACAAGAGUUUGUCAAGAUGGGAUUGCCGUCGUUCAAGCUUCCUUUCAUGCGGCUUUUGUGUGUUCCCGUCGAUGUGAUUCAUGAGUGUAUGCGAUUUAGAUUAGACCACAAGCCACAGAAGGAGCCGUCGGCUCUAUGUAUACGACAGUUGAUUGCUGAGUAUAAGGAGUGCAUGCAGGCUGCUGUGCAGCAGAAGCAAUAUUUUCUGAAGAUGUUGGCUGGUGUCGUUUCUCUCGAGUCUGGUGGUGUGAUGAGAGAGCUGCUGGAGAGUGAGAAAGACGAGUUUGAGGCUGAUCUUAGAGCAACUUUAGAGGUUUACUUCCAAUAUCUUCUGAACUACGUCAACAUGCUCCAAUGCUCAACUCAAGCAUCAAAAGGCCUGAAGAACCUUCUCGAGCAAGAAUGGCAAUUCGUGAAGGAACUUACACCGUACAUACGUGGAGCAGAAGCAGAAGCUGGACGAAGAUUCUGUGUGAUGGCGUCCGGCCUUCUUGAAAUGACAGGUGACUUUCUCGGCUUCAAGUUAGACAAAUGCUGCUCGUCAUCAAUAUGUGAUCUCUCACCUGAUGACCCGUCACUUUUGAUGACAAACAAGCGACAUCGUGUUAUCGAUGCCUGCAGGCAGUGUAAACAGCUUUUUCAUGAGGCUCGUGAGAGAGCGUCAAAGGCUCUUGGAUUUGCGAAGAUGCUGAGGAAGGACUUAGAGAUUGCAGCAGAGUUUGCAUGUAAUGUUCCUGUAUCUCAGCUGCUGGAGGAUUUGAAGGCAUUGGAUCAUUUGCAGGUGAGGAUACCACACAUGACUGGGUAUAUGAUAUUGGUGCCACAUUCUCUGAAAGAUAAGCACAAUCACAUCAUAACUCUUCUAAACGUCACUUGUGGACGAGAAGACACAUCAGGAAUGGGAACUCAGCUGCAUGAUGGCUACAUGCUCUUUCUCUCCCUUCCCGGAUGCUCACACUCACCCAUGUCAUCUCUUUCUACAGUCUCGCCUCCUGUUACUGAGACAAACAGAGAUGAUUGGUUGCCAAUUGAAUGGACAGGUCCAGUGAUAGACAUCAUGCCAGAUAUUGAGACGACAAUCGGUUUGUCAGAAGUUCAGGUUGGACAGCUGAAGUUGAUUGUGAGCAACUCUUCAUUAUUGCUGAUCGAGCGGAAGCAGUUUCAGCGUAUUGUUGGCCAGUCAGUCACUCUUAUUCAAGAGCAGACAGCAAGUCACGAUGAUGUGGCGGAACAUCUCAAUGAGCUAAAGGAAAGUGCUUUAAAGCUUGGAGAGCAAGUGCUGAAGGCUGUGUCACGAGUUGAGAACUUUCUGCAAGUCGAUUUGUCAGAUCUGGAUGAGACAGAACGAGUUCUUGUUCACCAACAAUACGUACCAGCAAUGCUCAGUUGUUUCAACUUUGGCUUCGAAUAUUCGAAAGAGGUGAGUCGUUUAGUCAACAAAGAAAAACGCGACGCCAUCGUCCCUGACCUCAUCACAUUUGCCAUGAAAUGGAUGGACUUUGUCAUACAAAAAUGCGAGCGAGGACGUGGCACUCGACCAAGAUGGGCAACAGCUGGUCUUGAAUUCCUGAUCCUCGUGGGUGAGUUAAGUGCGUCAAGCCAGAACAUGACAGACUCACAAUUUCAGUCACUCAAAACCAAAAUGAGUCAAUCAAUCGAGCAUCUCAUCGGCUCUAUCAGCGACCAACCAGUCUCAUCAUUUCACGGACGACGGAACACCACUCCUAGUCCCAUAGGUGGUGCUGAUCGUCGAAUGCGAGUUGUAGCCCCACGAGUACUACCUCACUCGGGCAUACGUGGCACGCGACCUCUUCUCCACAAUCGUUCUGCAUCGUUUCCGUUGGCAGUCCAACUUGUCGUCACUGGAUCAACGCCCGUUGAAUCAUGUGGAAACAACAACUGGCCGGUAAGUCCACUGGAGAUGACGAGAGAAGACGACGAGGUCGACCACACGACUCCACCACAUUCAGACUCAUCCAAUUCGUCCGGUGUUCAUGUCAACGACAGUCCACCAUCAUCAGUAGCUCACGGACUAGCGACCGGGUGUCUACCGACGAAGUCUGCGUCUGACACGGGCAUCAAUGCGAAGACUCCGACUCAAAAGUUACGACUUUUUCGCUUGAAUUCAAGCUCGAGUAAUAUUAGUAGUGGCGCGUUUAGUUCAUGUAGUGAUGUUACGACGCCUGGGCAAAUGCCAUCUAGUGAUAAGGGCAGGCAAGAGAGACAGGGAACGCGGAUGGAGAUGAUACAGCAGGGACUGAGGCAGUUUGAUGCCGAGCGUAAUCGGAAGCUGCAGGAGCAGCGAAUGAUUGGACAAGUUUGUUAUCGGAAGUCAGACGCGAGUAGCGAUGUGAUUGGAGUUCGUGUGAGGCAUGUGAAUUUUCCGUGGCAACGAGGGAGAAAGAUUGGGGAAGGUCGGUUUGGCAAAGUGUAUGCAUGCAUCAACAUGGAAACAGGAGAUCUGAUGGCAGUUAAAGAGGUUCGCUUUCAAGGCAACUCUCACAGUGCUAUCAAAGAGAUUGUUGAUGAGAUCAAGAUACUCGAAGGCAUCUUGCACCUCAAUGUCGUGCGCUACUAUGGAGUUGAAGUCCACAAGGAGGAAAUGUUUAUCUUCAUGGAAUAUUGUGGAGAGGGAACGAUAUGGCAUGUUGCUAAGCAAGGAUUGCCGGAAGCAAUGAUUCGCUCUUACACACAUCAAAUCCUUGUGGCUAUUGAAGUGCUGCAUCGAAAUGGUGUUGUACAUCGAGAUAUCAAAGGUCCAAAUAUUUUCUUGUCAACCGACGGGCUUAUCAAGUUGGGUGACUUUGGCUGUUCUGUGAAGCUACAGAACAUCAACACAACGAUGCCCGGUGAAAUAGACUCAACAAGAGGGACAGUCGCUUAUAUGGCACCAGAAGUGAUCACGAACGAUCCAAGUGUUGGGAGCGGCCGUGCUGCUGAUAUUUGGAGCUUAGGAUGUGUUGUAGUGGAGAUGGCAACUGGAAAGCGACCGUGGCCUGAAUAUGACCACGAGUAUUGCAUCAUAUUUCAAGUCGGAAACGGCAACUGUCCAAAGAUUCCUGACAAUCUUGGUGAAGAAGGCAAGAAUUUUCUUCGGCUCUGCUUCAAACAUGACCCUAACACCCGCUCCACAGCCAGCGCGCUGUUAGAUCAUCCAUUUGUAAAGAUUGGUGCACCAAACCUACAAAUCAACUAGUAGCAGCUGUGACCUCAUAUCUAUAAUUAUCUCGUCGACUUGGUGAAGAAUGAUUAUGUUUAUGUCCACAUGUGAUGGAAAUCAAGCUGUAGACAUGACAGUUAUUUUCCCUGUUAACCCUCCGCCCUGCAACGAACAGUUAGUCAUGAUGCCAAGGUGUUCAGUAACAAGCUUGCUAAUCGUCUUAGUAUUCCGAAAUGCAUACUACAAGCCAGAUUGCGUACACGUAAAUUUAUAUUUGUUGAUAUCAAUUAUGUUUAUAUAAUACAACAUAAUAAUUAAUGACAGAAUUCCAAACUGCUGUCAAUAAAAAAUGAAAAAUUAU